GCUUGGAGCUCGGCCCUGUCGCCCGGGAGGAGCCUGCGGAGUUGCGGGUUGUGCGGCCUGGCCGGGCAACGGUGUGCCUUUCUCCUGUAAUCCCAAGAAAGGAUGUGGAGUGGGCUACUGCCUCCUGGCCUAAAUGAAAGUGAUAUUGAGUCCAAUUCUGAAGAUGAAGCCAUACCUGAGAACUCCAAGUUUAACGUACAAGCAGUUAAGGAGGAUGGGACCAGCAGGAAACCAGAUGCCUCAGAGUUCCCGGAACAUGGGCCAGAAACUGAGCCCGGGGUCCAGGCAAAUGCAUAUGAAGAGUGCCCUUCUGGAAUUCCUAUAAAUAUGUGGAAUGUAGGUUUUCUCCUAUGUGCUCUUGUGAAAGCCUGUGUUACCCUGUAUCUCUGUUUUGGACAGAAUGUAUUCUUUGGGGUACAGAAAUUUCAAGAACUGCAUAAAAAACAUUCUGAACAGAAAAUUUCAGCCUCAAGAUUCAGAGGGAGAAAAAGAAAGCGCUCCAGAAAAGAUAAGUUGAAGAACGAAAAAGAAUCUCAUAGUGAACAGUCCUCAAAUGAAGCCCAAUGGAAGGAGCUUACUCAGUAUUUCGGAGCCAAUGAUAGAUUUGAACCUCCUGUGAAAAAGAAAAAGGUUGAAAAGUCAGGUCUUGAAAAGAGGAUAGACCAGGCUGUGGAGGAGUGGGAUGUUGAGAAGGCUGAGGACCUCAGCAACCAGCUAGCUACGCGAGAGCUUGGUGUAAAAAUUGCCAAAGCAAUUGCCUGCCACAAGUUUGUAGAAGCCAAAAAGGAAGCUGAAAAUUCACAGGCUGCUCGAAAGAAGAAGAAGCUGGCAUGGGGGUUUGAAGCAAAGAAGAGAUGGGAAACCAAAAGCAACAUGGGAUAUAUGUAACCUUGCAGAGCUCGAAACACUUAACAGACUCAUGUGCUCACAUUAACAAGACUUUCCUGCUUAAAUGUGUUUGAAAUUGAUAGAUGUAAGAAAUUGAUUGAAGUAGAAAAAAAUGUGCAUAAGCUCUUAGGAGUUGAUUAUCAACUGUUGGACUUUUUCUGAGGAGUUUAUUCUUGAAAUGAAUGUUUUUGUUAUUUGUGUAAGAAAUCUAAGCAUAUGCAGAGGGGAAAAGUAUGGGAUUUUUCUAAAAUCAAUCUGCUUUCCUUUUGUUUGAUAUAGUGAAGCCUGUGAGAUCCUUGGACCUUCUUUUCUGUUCAAGGCAUGACUACACAGUUUCUGGAAUCGUGAUUUUAAGAUUGCGACAGUUUUUACAAAUAACUUAAUGUCAUGAAAACAAUUAUUGAUCCCUGAUUGGUGGCAAUAGAAUUGAUAUUUUUAUGGUCUCAUGGUAAAAUAAUUUUUAUAUACCAUCAGGUGAGAUAAUUAGAAAAGGGGGAUAGAAUGUAGUAUGUGGGGGGCGGUUUAGUUUCAACUCUGCAUAGACAUCUCCUGUCUAAGCUCUGUUCUUUAAAUUAUUGGAUGGCAUAGUUACAUUCGAUGUAUAUAUUAUAUUAAAUAUAUAGUUUUAUUAAACAGAUAAUUAUAAUUCCAAAUAACAACUGAAUUGUCUAA